GCUCAGGCUGUGUUCGGUGUACAGUCGUCAGUAGAGGGAAGAACGCAGGGCUGCGAAUGAGUCGUAUCACUGGGAUCAGGUUCCUCCCUCUAAUCCAGCGCCUCAGUGUCGAUGAAGACUAAACACAGAGAUCACGGCCUUCUUUACACUCGCUGUGGCUCAGAGUUACUCAGCGCUGCAGAUAUGACUCCUCUGUUCAUCUCAGUGCUGCUGGCUGCUGUGAGCUUUGAGUGCAGAGCACAGAAAGACAACGUGCUGCAACCAGACGGAGAUGUGACUGCUGCUGAGGGAGAGGCAGGAACACUCGGCUGUCACUACAACAGCACUUCAACAAAUAUAAAUCUCCUCUGGUACAAACAGGAUGGAAACAACAGCCCCAAAUUCAUCCUGAGCCGCUAUAAACUGGACGAAGGGAACACACCAGACGAGUCCAGAGAGAGAUUUUCAUCCACACUGAACUCCACCUUCAGAUCAGCUCCUCUGAAGAUCCAGAAGCUUCAGCUGUCUGACUCUGCUGUGUACUACUGUGCUCUGCAGCCCACAGUGACAGGAAACACCAAAACUGUGUACAAAAACAUGAUGAGCAAAGACAACACAAUACUCCACAACAUCCACUAG